AUGCCAACCGUUUGCGUGACGAACCCAAGCUACCACCUGACUGACCACGAUUUCUACCGAUUGUUAACCGAGGCCGGGUUCACUGUACGUUUUAUCGAUCCAGAGCAGCACAACUUAAACGACGCCGACACGCUUCUGGCUCAGCUUGACGGCUGCGAAGCGACCAUCUGCAGCAUGGAACCCUACACGGCGGAAGUGCUCGAGCGAAGCAACCUCCGCGUUGUUUCUCGGUUUGGGGUCGGCUUCGACGCGAUCGAUGUGCCGGCAGCCACGCAAAACAAUAUCGUUGUCACUCGUACCGUAGGCGUGCUGCAGGAAUCGGUCGCUGAACAAACGCUCGCACUCUUGUUCGGCGUUUCACGCGAUGUCGUCCGACGCCAUCAAGCGGUUCUUGAAGGACGCUGGGGCUAUACCGCAUUUCCCAGGCUCGCCGGCAAAACGAUCGGCCUGCUAGGCCUCGGCUCGAUUGGACGCUCGGUAGCUGACAAGGCGAAUGGACUCGGCAUGCGGGUCAUCGCCUACGUUCCCUCUGGUACGCCGCACGCGAAUGUCGAGCUCGUUUCGCUCGAUCAACUUUGGGCCGAGUCGGACGUGCUGAGUAUUCACGCGCCGCUGAAGCCUGAGACCGAGAAGAUCGUCAAUCGCGAGACCCUCGCCAAAAUGAAACGUGGCGCGAUCCUCAUCAACACCGGUCGCGGCGGCCAUGUCGAUGAAGCAGCUUUGAUCGAGGCGCUGAAAUCUGGCCAACUGUUAGGAGCCGGGCUCGAUGUCUUCGCGGAAGAACCAACCCCCACCGAUAACCCGCUGUUGCAACUAGACAACGUCGUCCUCGCCCCACACAUCGCCGGCGCCGAUGACAAAGCCUUCCAAGACGUCCCCGUCACCGCCGCCCAAAAUGUCAUCGACCUCUACCAAGGCAAAUGGCCCGCUGGAAACAUCCUCAACCCUGAAGCGAGUGAUCUAUCGACGCAUAAGGAGCGUUCGAUGGCCUCUAAGCUCCACGACUUUCCGACGAUCAUUGCGAAGCUCUCGAAACGGGAGCUCGCCGAUUGUGUCGUUUGUGCGAUCGACGACCGUUACGGCUACGAUGCGGUAACCGAAGACC